AUGGUCUGUUUCAUCUUUCUUUUCUUUCUUUCUUUUUCUUUCUUUCUUUUCUUUCUUGUUUUGACUUUUUCUCCAAUUCCUCAAUCUUUUGUUUCAGACACAUUUUUAUUGAUUAUUUCUCCCUUCCCUUCUUCUUCUUUUCUUCUUCUUCUUCUUCUUCUUCUUCUUCUAUCAACCUAUUUUCUUUCUUUCUUUCAUUCUUUCUUUUUUUUUUUUUUUUUUCUUUUAGUUACUUUCCAUAUAUAUAUUCACUUCAAUUGGUCUGUUUCAUCUUUCUUUCUUUUUUUUCUUUUCUUUUCUUUCUUUCUUUCUUUCUUUCUUGUUUUGACUUUUCUCUCCAAUUCCUCAAUCUCUUGUUUCAGACACAUUUUUAUUGAUUAUUUCUCCCUUCCCUUCUUCUUCUUCUUCUUCUUCUUCUUCUUCUUCUUCUUCUUCUUCUAUCAACCUUCUUUCUUUCUUUCUUUCAUCCUUUCUUUCUUUUUUCUUUUCUUUUUUUGUUACUUUCCAUAUAUAUAUUCACUUGUACGGUCUGUUUCAUCUUUCUUUCUUUCUUUCUUUCUUCUUUCUUUCUUUCUUUUUCUUUUCUUUUUUCUUUCUUUCUUUUUCUUUUUUUUCUUUUCUUUCUUUUCUUUUUUGUUUUCUCUCCAAUUCCUCAAUCUUUGUUUCAGACACAUUUUUAUUGAUUAUUUUCCUUCCUUCUUCUUCUUUUCUUCUUCUUCUUCUUCUUUCUUCUUCUUUUCUUUUCUUCUUCUUCUAUCAACCUAUUUUCUUUCUUUCAUCCUUUCUUUUUUUUUUUUUCUUUUCUUUAUAUAUAUAUAUAUAUAUAUAUAUAUAUAUAUAUAUAUAUAUUCAAUUCUACGGACUGUUUGUUCUUUUCUUUCUUUCUUCUUUUUUUUUUUUUUUUUUUUUCUUUUUCUUUCUUUCUUUUUUUCUUUUUUCUUUUUUUUUUCUUCUUGUUUUGACUUUUCUCUACAAUUCCUCAAUUUCUUCUUUCAGACACAUUUUUAUAGAAUAUUUCUCCCUCCUCCUCUUUUUCUUCUUUUAUUUAAGCUCUUCCUCUCAACAGAUCGAAUUCCACAUCUUUCAUUUACUUUUUCUGCGACGCCUUCACAAAUCGAUCAGUUUCUUCUCUUCAUUACCAACGCUUGGCCAGUUCAUUUCAAUCGGCUAGAAUUUCUUUUCCCCGCCUUAAAAACAGCGUCCGUUUCUCCGGAAACAAUUAACAGCAACACAGCGUCAUGA